AUGUUUAGUCAUUCGCGAAGUAAUCAAUCACGCAAUCCUAAUAGAUUUCGUUUUCAUGGUUCAACACCAUUUGGUAAUACAACUAUAGUUAUUGGUGGUGGUAGUCAUCCAUCAAAUAUUGGAAAUAAUCAAACUAAUAAUCCAGAUCUAGGAACAUUUUUUCAAACAGUUCUUUCACAAAUUGUUGGUGGUUCACAGGUUCCAUUUGGUAUGCAACAUGGCGGAGGAGGAGGAAUUUUCGAGUCAGCAAAUUUUGAUGCUUUUCUGACUCAAUUUUUAAAUCAAAUGGGAGAAAAUGGUGGCCCGGCACCGGCAUCGGAAACUCGUAUAAAUUCUAUUCCAACAGUGAGAGUAACAGCUGCACAAGCACGUGAUUGUCUACAGUGUGCUAUUUGUAUGGAUGAAUUUAAACAAAAUGAUGAAGCUAAACGUCUUCCUUGUUCGCAUCAUUUUCAUGAAGAAUGUAUAUUACGAUGGCUAAGAAUGCAUGGAACAUGUCCAACAUGUCGUGUUACAUUAGAUGGUGAUAAUACAAGUAAUCGGGAAUAUUAUAAUUUUUCUCCAAAUCAACAACAAACAUCAUCAAGGAAUAAUAAUCGUCGAAAUAAUGGAGGUAACAAUGGAUCUAGUUCACAUUCAGGGUCAACUUUAUUCGACUUCGAUUAA